CAGAGAUUACUAGACAGGAUAAAGGAGGGAAAAUUUCCUGAAUCAAGAAUGAUGGAUCCUUGUUCAGUUGGCGUCCAGUUGCGUACCACAAAUGAAUGUCAUAAGACCUAUUAUACUCGUCACACGGGUUUCAAGACUUUGCAAGAAUUAUCAUCAAAUGAUAUGCUUUUACUUCAACUGAGAACGGGAAUGACACUUUCUGGAAACAAUACAAUCUGCUUUCAUCAUGCAAAAAUCUAUAUUGACAGAUUUGAAGAUCUACAGAAGUCCUGUUGUGACCCUUUUAACAUUCACAAAAAAUUAGCAAAAAAAAAUUUGCACGUGAUUGACUUAGAUGAUGCCACUUUUUUGAGUGCAAAAUUUGGAAGACAGCUUGUACCUGGAUGGAAGCUUUGUCCAAAAUGUACCCAGAUAAUCAAUGGAAAUGUGGAUGCUGAUUCUGAAGACCGGCAGAAAAGGAAACCUGAUUCAGAUGGAAAAACUGCUAAAGCUUUGAGGUCCUUGCAGUUUGCAAACCCAGGCAAGCAGACUGAAUUUGCUCCAGAAACUGGUAAAAGAGAAAAAAGAAGGCUUACCAAAAACAGCUCUGCAGGUUCAGACAGACAAGUGAUCCCAGCCAAGAGCAAGGUGUAUGAUAGCCAGGGGCUCCUGAUUUUCAGCGGAAUGGACCUCUGUGACUGCCUGGAUGAAGACUGCCUGGGGUGUUUCUAUGCUUGUCCUGCCUGUGGAUCCAAUAAAUGUGGAGCUGAGUGCCGCUGUGACCGCAAGUGGCUGUACGAGCAAAUUGAAAUCGAAGGAGGGGAAAUCAUUCAUAAUAAGCAUGCUGGGUAACUUUCAGUAUCAGAACAGGCUUUUGGGUCUUUACAGGUUUUUACUUAUAAAAAUUUGUCAUUCUAAGCUGCAAUUUAAAGUUGCUUGUGAAAUAACAGAAAUUUGAAAGCCAGCUUGCUCUGACCUUGCUUUUCUAGUGUUUUGAGAUUUGAGGAAGAUAUAAAUUUAGAUGGCUGUUACUCAGCAGUAAGUUUUAAGUCUAUCUGGGUCAGUGUAAAAUUGUGGGCUCUAGACAGUUAUUUUUUUUUUUCUAGACAG